AUGGAACUAAGCAACAAUACUAUAGUAACCGAAUUUCUUCUUCAAGGAUUAUCAGAAAUCUGGGGACUACAAUUGCUCUUUUGUAUCCUCCUUCUGCUCUUCUAUCUUGUCAUUCUACCUGGGAACAUCCUCAUCAUUGUGGCCAUUAUCAGUGACUCCCAUUUGGGAUCCCCCAUGUUCUUCUUCUUGGCCAAUCUAGCUUCGAUGGACAUCUGCUACAGCUGCAUCACGCCUCCAAAGAUCGUAGUCAACUUCUUCUCCAGCAACAAAACCAUUUCCUUUCAAGGUUGCAUGGCUCAGAUCUUUUUCAUUCAUCUUCUCGGGGCAGCUGAGAUGAUCCUUCUUAUUGCCAUGAGCUUUGAUAGGUAUGUAGCCAUCUGCCAGCCUUUGCACUACCCCACUGUCAUGACUAGGGAACUUUGCUGGGUCUUUGUGUUAGGUUCAUGGGCAGGGGGUUUCAUACACACAAUGAUCCAAGUCAUGCUGAUUAAUCCAUUGCCUUUCUGUGGUCCCAAUGAACUGGACAAUUUCUUCUGUGACAUCACUCAGAUCAUUAAACUGGCUUGCACCAAUACUGACACUUUAGAGUUCAUCAUGUUUGUCAACAGUGGUCUUUUAACUGCUGGAUGCUUUCUCAUCCUUCUCGUCUCUUACUGGGCACUACUGAUCAAGGUGAGGAUGGGCUCCAGCAUAGGAAAGAGCAAGGCUGCCUCUACCUGCAUCACACACAUCAUCAUCAUUUUCAUCAUGUUCGGUCCAGCCAUCUACAUCUACUGCCGUCCCUUACAGAAUGGUCUCUUCGACAAGAUGGUGGCCUUUUAUCAUACGGUGGUUUUUCCUUUGAUGAAUCCCAUUAUCUACACACUGAGGAACAAAGAGAUUAAAGCUGCCAUGAAGAGACUGCUUGCAAAAUAUAACAUUUGUUGA